AUGAGAAAUGAAGGCAUUGGCUAAAAAGUUUAAAGAGUAGACAUAACCAAAUGGGAUAUUUUGUUAAAAGAGCUUUCACAAAAUUAUCAAAUGAUAUAUAGAUUAAUGAAAGAAGUAGAUGACAAAACAGAGAGUCUAAAAUAACAGGAACUAAAAUUUAGUAUUUAAGAAGACAAGUCAUAAUAAUGUCUUUUUUUAUUGUUUUUUAGAUAAUAGAAAAUGCAUCUCUAAUAAAAUUAUCAAUUAAAGCUCAUAUAUUAUGUGUAUCUAAAUAAGAGUGAUUGA